UAUGCACUGCUUAACUCAAUCAAGACACUCAUCAAUUUCUUCUCCAAUCUCUCUUUGCUCCCCUUAGUUGUGAAAUGGCAUCAUGCUCAACUGCUAGAAAGACUGUCUGACGCAAUAUUGUAGCGAGGGAUCUCCCAACCGACACAUGGGUACGUUAUGGCAUGAUUCACUGACGCCUGUGCCUCCACUUUGCUGAGUUUAUGGGUUCUGACUCUAAUCCCACCUUUGUAGUAAUCAAACAUAACAAAGCUCUGAUGCUGUGAUGAUCCCAUAAAACCCUGGCGGUCGAUUCCUCUUCCACUCUAGUGCGGCAGUAGGGGUCAGAAUGGCCCUGCCCUUUUCCGCCUCAUUACAGAUCUUUCUGCUCUCUGACGCCACCCGCACCCAGAUAUGCAUACCCUUGCUACAUGAGGUCUCUCCUCGAGGUUUUUCUCCCUCUCUCUAUAUAUAGCAGGGAGAUCCUCAUCCGAAUUGGCACUAGCUUCUUUGUUGCUCAAGAUUCUCUUGCUGACUCCCUUUCCAACAAAUUAUUUUGCCUUCCCCCCCAGCAAACUUAGACUCAAUCUCAUUUUCGAGUCGCAUUUCACAAAAAACGUCCUAAUCUCCUAGUCUUAGACCCAGUGUCCACCCACUUAUGGCUUGUGCAAUCAUAAUAACGUUACGACUUAGGAGCAAGAACAUACUAUGAUUAAAGAAAUGGUACACAGAUUACGGGAGAUGUUGUUAUUUUUGUUCCUAGUGAUCUUUUCCAAGGCUACUGGGGUUAAGGCUUGUUCGCGAGGCGGCGGGAUACAGGAAAGUGCUGCUUGCCUGAGCUGGAGAUUGGCUGUGGAGGCUAACAAUGUGCGUGCGUGGCGCACUGUCCCUUCUCAAUGCUUGCGAUAUGUUGAAGCUUACAUGCUUGGAGGACAGUAUGAAAGGGACCUUGACUUGAUUGUGGACCAAAUCUUGAGUUAUGUGAAUGAGAUAGUUCUUUCUAGUGAUGGCAUGGACGCUUGGAUCCUAGAUGUUGAUGACACCUGCAUCUCCAAUGUCUUCUACUACAGAGGAAAGAGAUAUGGGUGUGACCCAUACGAUCCAGCUGGUUUCAGGGCAUGGGCAUUAAAGGGAGGAUGUCCAGCAAUUCCUGCUGUUCUUGGAUUGUUUGACUACCUAGUUCAAAGUGGUUUUAAAGUAUUCCUAGUCACUGGCAGAGACCAAGAAAUUCUUGGCCAAGUCACUAUUGAUAAUCUGCAUAAUCAGGGUUUCAUCGGCUACGAGAGAAUAAUCUUGAGGACAGCAGAAUUCAUGGGACAAAGCGCAGUGGCAUACAAGUCAGAAAUAAGAAGGCAAUUAGAAAAGGAAGGGUACAGAAUAUGGGGGAAUGUGGGUGAUCAAUGGAGUGAUCUUCAGGGAGAAUGUUUAGGAAACCGGACAUUCAAGCUACCAAAUCCAAUGUAUUUUGUUCCCUGAAAUCCAGUGGAACACUACAUCUAUUGUCUCUCGAAAUGAUCAUAAGACAAGAAUUGUAACGUUAUUAUCGUGUUGCCAAUGAAAUAAAUCAUAAUUCAGUCGAAUAAAUGGCUGAAGCUUACUGCAAA